UGUUUUCCUUUAUCCUCUCAUCAUCUUCCCUUCUCUCUCACCUUCUCCUCCAAUGGAGGUCAUCUCCACCACUUCUUCGUCGAAAUAUCUCACCUUAACUUCCUACUCUCCGGUGAUUCUUCCCGCCUCCAGUCUCCGCUCCAUCCGCACCGACUUCCUCGGCUGCUGCCACACUCUCCGUCCUCAUCAUCAUCAUCAUCUUCGAACUCGCGCCGGAAAACGGAAACAUGGUCGUUCUUCUUCAACUCGAUCGCCUCCUCCUCGUUUAGUCGUUAGAGCUUCUAUUGACUCUGGUCUGAUCCUCGUUGUUGUGGCUGUUACUGCUUUUUCCGCCAUUGCUUUCGCUUAUUGCCAGAGCUCUUUCAGAAAACGCAAACUUUCCGACAAGGCCAGUCAAAUUCCCGACAAGGCUAGUCAACUUUCCGACAAGGUUGCAGCAUCUCCUGAGACGCUUCAUGGAGGAAACAUCAGUAGUGCUACGACGAUUCAGCGGGAAAUCCAACAUUUUGAUGAUGUUCAUGAAGGAGCUCCUGUGGAAGUAAAUGGUGGUUUUAUGAAGAAGGUGGAAGAAAGUGCGACCAAAUCUGAGGAAGAGGAGGCUCAUCAAGUCCAUGAAGCUGCUGUUUUGGCGGAGUAUGAUUCAUUUGUGGCCAAUGAAGCGGACAUUGCAACUGAGGUUGCUGUUGCCAGUGUCAGGACUAUUGCUAGUGAACAUAGUUUUACAGAUGAGCCCCUGUCAUCUUCUAUGAGUAAUGGGACUGUUGAUGCUGUGACAUUGGGAGCACAAGCACCUGAGAAGCAAGUUGAAAACAGCGAAGAGCAAAGGGUUACGGAUAAUGGGUUUUCACAGGCAGUGGUGGGAGUUCAUUCGGUUGCUUCUUCUCCACAUGUGGUAGUUGAUGAUGACACACGUGUUCUCAAGAACAAGAUUAAUGGUUUGACCCAGAAGCCUGUUGAAGAAUACAGCGUUUUCGCGGAGAGUAAGAGAGAAGAGAUUCACACCUUCUACGGGUCUAAUCAUUCAUCACCCACUUCUUCAAGGUUGACAAGUGUGAAAGCAGUCUCUCCUUCUGCAACUGAUAGUUUAUUGUUGGACCACAAGAACAAUGGAAUCGUUGAUACCCAGUUCUCAGGACCAAGUUCUGGUCAGGCUACUGGUUAUGUUGAGAAAGAGAAUCUUGUGGGACACGGUAACGGUGGUGUGUCCCUCAAAAGGAAAGACGUAAGAAGAGACUGGGAAGUUCCAGAUGAUGGGAAGCAUGUGGUUCAUCAAACUGAUGAAAGCAUGCCUGAGCUCCCUUCUCAGAUACUCAAUAGCAAUGGGCGUUCUCCAAAAACUAAUGAUGCUUACUACCAGUUACUUAGAGAUGGGAGGCUAAUCGAGUGUAUAAACCUACUUGAAGAUUUGGAUCAAAGGGAUUUAUUGGACAUGGACAAGAUUUAUCACGCAAGCUUCUUUAAGCUCUGCAAGAAGAAAAGGGCUGUUAAGGAAGCAUUUCGCUUUACCAAGUUGAUACCAAAUCCAACAUUAAGCACAUUCAAUAUGUUAAUGUCUGUAUGUGCAAGCUCCCAGGACAUAGAAGGAGCUCGUGGAGUUUUGCAUCUGGUGCAAGAGAAUGGGAUGAUGGCUGAUUGCAAACUUUACACGACUUUAAUAUCAAGUUGUGCUAAAAGUGGGAAAGUUGAUGCAAUGUUUGAGGUGUUCCACCAGAUGGCAAAUUCUGGAGUAGAACCCAAUCUUCACACGUUUGGUGCGCUUAUUGAUGGCUGUGCUAGAGCUGGACAAGUAGCCAAGGCAUUUGGUGCUUAUGGAAUUUUAAGGUCUAAGAAUGUUAAGCCAGACCGGGUUGUAUUCAAUGCCCUCAUCUCUGCAUGUGGUCAGUCAGGAGCUGUUGACCGUGCUUUUGAUGUGUUAGCUGAAAUGAAGGCUGAGAUGCACCCUAUAGACCCUGAUCAUAUCACGGUUGGUGCAUUGAUGAAAGCAUGUUUCAAUGCUGGUCAGGUCGAAAAAGCUAAAGAAGUAUACAAGAUGAUCCAUCAAUAUGGAAUAAAGGGUACUCCAGAAGUCUAUACCAUUGCUGUGAAUAGCUGCAGCAAGUCUGGGGACUGGGAUUUUGCAUGUAGCAUAUACAAUGACAUGAAAGAGAAAGGUGUUAUCCCCGACGAGGUGUUUUUUAGUGCAUUGAUCGAUGUUGCAGGACAUUCAAAAAUGUUAGACGAAGCUUUUGGUAUUCUUCAGGAUGCGAAAUCUCAAGGCAUACGUCUGGGAACCAUAACAUAUAGCUCACUGAUGGGAGCUUGUUGUAAUGCUAAAAAUUGGAGGAAAGCACUGGAGCUCUAUGAAAAGAUCAAGUCAAUCAAACUUAGACCAACUGUUUCAACAAUGAAUGCCCUUAUAACUGCCUUGUGUGAAGGUGGUCAACUUCCCAAGGCUAUGGAAUAUCUUGAUGAGAUAAAUACUUUGGGGUUAACACCAAACACUAUCACUUACUCUAUGCUCAUGCUGGCAAGUGAAAGAAAGGAUGACUUUGAGGUAAGUUUCAAGCUUCUCUCUCGAGCAAAAGAAGAUGGAAUAUCACCAAACUUCAUCAUGUGCAGAUGCAUAACAAGCCUUUGCAAGCGAAGGUUCGAGAAGGCUUGUGCUGCUGGUGAACCUGUUGUGUCUUUCAAAUCAGGACGACCUCAGAUUGAAAAUAAAUGGACAUCAAUGGCCUUAAUGGUUUACCGUGAGACAAUAUCAGGUGGUACGGUUCCUACUACAGAAGUAGUUUCGCAAGUCUUGGGAUGCUUGCAACUUCCACUCGAUGCUGCUUUGAGGGAUAGACUGGUUUCGAAUUUAGGCAACAUUUCUUCACAAAAGCAGCAUAACAUAUUCCCACUAGUAGAUGGAUUUGGAGAGUAUGAUCCUCGAGCAUUUUCACUGCUUGAGGAGGCUACUUCUCUUGGAGUUCUUCCUUCUGUGUCCUUCAAUAAAGUUCCAUUGUUUUUUGACACGACAGAAUUGCCCCAAAACGUGGCUGAGGUUUACCUCUUAACCAUCUUUAAAGGUCUUAAGCAUCGCCUUGCAGCUGGUGCGAAGAUACCUCAUAUUAAUUUGAUAAUUUCCAUGGAAGAGAAGGAGAUAACGACUCCUGAUCAAGGAGAGAAGACAAUUGACCUUGCAGGAAGAGUUGGACAAGAGAUUUCUGCGCUGUUGAGAAGGUUGGGGAUACCUUAUCAUAGAAAGGAUGAUAGAUUAAGAAUCAAUGGUGUUGCUUUAAAGAACUGGUUUCAACCAAAGCUUGAUUCACCCUUCUCUACAAAGCCAGGGGACUUAAGAUCAUCACAAGUUCCAUUGGGAAACCAAAUCACUCGCCAGCAACGCAGCAUUCGACUAGGGAACCUCUCACUUGAGUGAGAACUGAGAAGAGGCUUCUCUCAUUUUGAUCCUUACCUCCGAGAGUUUUUUUUUUUACACGCAACGAGAUACUCAGUACAACAUACAUCACAUUCCUCCAGAAUCACAGCAGAAAGGUGGAACAUUCAUACUUUGCUUCAUUACUCUUCUGCAUGAGGAUGCUGCAUAUCGACAGGAAGUUAAUUGCAUGGUAAAGCAGUUGGUAUGUAUAUCUGUAAGUUUGUAUUUAUUCAUAUAUAAAUGGUAAAUGAUUCUUUUCAGGACUUGGGAAACUUGUCUAUUUCACUUUUUAGAGAUAACCAAAUAUGAGAUUGAUAUAUUUUCCA